CUCUUUGGCCGCGCCACCGACAGCUGGAGCGUUUUUUUAUCGAGCUCCCUUUCCAGCAACCACCUCCGUAGUUGUCCGAUUCACACGCUGCAACCUUCGAGAUGGCUUCCGACGGCCCGCGCGCUCCCGCCUCGGGGCACGACACAAUCGAGUUCAGUGGCCCGGCACCACCCCAGUACGCGUUGGAAAAGCAACCCAGCUCCGGCAGUAGCCGACCCGCUGCCGCCACGGACGACAAGAGCACCUCGUUGCCGGUCGAGAAUUAUGGCGUCGACUCGGAGAAGCAGAGCGAGAACGUUGGCUCGCUACGUGCUAGGUCGGAAUCCGAGGGAGACAGGCGGCCCAUUGUUGCUUUGUGGUACCGCCAUUGGAAGAAGGUGGCCCAGCUGGUCACCUUCAUGCUCUUUACCGCAUGGUGGAUCUACGGUCUCGUCUUCUUCCGCCACGCCGAAGGGAAGGGUUGGCUGAUCCCAUCGCUUGUCUACAUCGCUAUCAUCUUGCGCCUCAUCACCCUCUACAUCCCCGCAUCACUGGUCCUCCGCCCGGUCCGCUUCAUCUGGCUCAACACUGUCGUGAGGGUUUAUGAUAUCGUCCCGGCCAAACUGCACCAGCCGAUUGCCGGCCUCGGUACCUUCGGCGUCUUUCUAGUUGGAAGCUUCGUUCCCGAGGAAACCGGAGACAACACGCGGGCGAACCGUGCCAUCUCCAUCUUCGGCUUCGUCGUACUGCUAUCCGUUCUCACGGCCACCUCGCGCAACUGGCGGCUUAUUCCGUGGCACACCGUCAUUGGCGGCAUGCUGACACAGUUCAUUGUCGCCGUCUUUGUGCUGCGUACCCAGGCUGGCUAUGACAUCUUCAAGUUCAUCUCUGACAUGGCCCGCGAGCUUCUGGGUUUCGCAGGCCAGGGCUUGGAAUUCUUGACCGACGAGGAGCUAGCCUCCAAGACGUGGUUCUUGACAGGAGUCAUCCCGGCCAUUAUCUUCUUUAUCGCCCUUGUCCAGAUGCUCUACUACGUCGGGUUCCUGCAGUGGUUCAUCUCCAAGUUCGCCGUCUUCUUCUUCUGGAGUCUGCGCGUGUCGGGCGCCGAGGCCGUCGUUGCUGCCGCGACCCCGUUCAUCGGUCAGGGCGAGUCCGCAAUGCUCAUCCGACCCUUCAUGGACCACUUAACCAUGGCCGAAAUCCACCAGAUUAUGACGUGCGGCUUUGCCACCAUCGCAGGCUCGGUUCUGGUAGCCUACAUAGGCAUGGGGUUAAACGCCCAGGCUCUCGUAUCGAGUUGUAUCAUGUCAAUUCCGGCCACCCUGGCCGUUUCCAAGAUGCGCUACCCCGAGACGGAGACCCCUAUCACCGCCGGCAAGGUCGAAGUGCCCAAGCACGACGACGACGAGCACACCGUCAACGCGCUCCACGCAUUCACCAACGGCUCGUGGUUUGGUCUCAAGAUCGGUGCCACCAUCGUGGCCUGCUUGUUAACUAUCAUCGCCUUUGUGGGCCUGAUCAACGGCUUGCUGGGGUGGUGGGGCGGCUACUGGGGCCUCUCCGCGCCGGGCCCGGUUCUGUCCCUCGAGCUCAUCCUCGGAUACAUCCUGUACCCGGUUGCGUGGUUGCUGGGUGUGCCCAAGGAUGACCUCCGUCAGGUCGGCGAGCUCAUUGGCAAGAAAAUCAUCAUCAACGAGUAUGCCGCCUUUGAUGCACUUGUCACGCAGAAGCGCUAUAUCGAGAUGGCGGCCCGAUCCAAGCUGAUCGCUACGUAUGCCUGCUGCGGUUUCGGCAACAUUGGCUCGCUCGGUAUUCAGAUCGGUGUGCUGUCGCAGAUUUCCCCCAAGCGCUCGGGUGACGUUGUGAAAGUGUCAGUUUCGGCCUUCUUGUGCGGCGUUUUGUCCACUUUGACAUCUGCCAGCGUUGCUGGCAUGUUGUUUACGGAAGGGAUGAUCUAAGAGUGGUUAGAGUAUUGUCCCAAGCAUAUUUAUUUUCGAACACGCAGAUCUGUUUCUGGAUACGCAUAUCUUCGCGGUGUUCGGGGGUCGGUGGAAUAGCGCGGCAGCAUGACGAUGCGCCUGGGCCAAGGAGUUGAAGCUAAAUAUUACGAAUAGCCGUGCAGAGCACGCGGCGAGGGCAGCGGUGUAUGGUUGCGACUUCUUUGCAGACGGCAACGGGCAGGGCUUUACGCC